AUGAACACAGUCGCGCCACUUCUGCAAACGACUGCGAGGCGACUGAUACAAUCAGGCUCGCGAUGUUUGGGUUCUGAGGCAAGUCAGCCAAAAGAAGCACCAACCGGAGAUCCUUUCCAGACUUUCUAUCAUCGUGAUCUGAUCGUCACCCCAGCUGGUCCAACUGUGCGCCGCCCAAAGCCAAAACAUGGAGACACGCUCAAGUUUGGGCAUAAUUAUGCUGAUCACAUGGUUGAUGUGAAUUGGGAUGAUAAAAAGGGGUGGCAUCGACCUGAGUUGAAGCCCCUUCAACCCUUCAUGAUUCACCCAGGAGCAAAGGUGCUUCACUAUGCAAUCGAGUUGUUCGAGGGAAUGAAAGCUUAUCGUGGAGUCGACAAUCGAAUUCGUCUUUUCCGACCUGAAAUGAAUAUGCAAAGGAUGAAAAUGACUGCUAAACGAUCAGCUCUACCAGAUUUCGAUGCCGAGGAAUUGAUCCAGAUCAUGAGCGAACAGAUUCAAUUAGACGCCGAUUGGGUCCCCGCCUCGUCCACCUCCUCGCUUUAUCUUCGACCGACGCUUAUUGGAACUGAUCCAACUCUUGGUGUUGGAGAAGCUCAUAUGGCGAAACUCUUUGUGUUGAGUGGCCCUGUUGGAGCCUAUUAUGCUACCGGAUUCCAGCCAGUGUCUCUGCUUGCUGAUGCAAAAUAUUGCCGAGCGUACUCGGGUGGUGUUGGUGGAUAUAAAAUGGGAUGCAACUACGCUCCAACGAUUUGGGUUGGUCAAAUGGCGGCUGCGAAAGGAUGUCAACAGGUGCUGUGGCUCCAUGGUGAUGACGAGACGUUGACCGAAGUGGGAACGAUGAACAUUUUUGUCUAUUGGAUCAAUGAGAAUGGAGAAGAAGAACUGGUGACUCCACCAUUGACUUCUGGAUUGAUUCUCCCUGGAGUCACUCGCGAUUCGAUCAUCGAUUUGGGAAGAAAAUGGGGAGAGUUUGCGGUAAACGAACGAAAGAUCACGAUGAGCCAAGUUCGAAAAGCUUUGGAUGAAGGAAGGUUGCUGGAAAUGUUUGGAGCAGGAACCGCAUGUGUUGUCAGUCCAGUUGAUCGAAUUCUUCACAAAAAUCAGAAAACGAAUACUCUGGAUGAGCUGCACAUCCCGACGAUGCGUCAUAAUCCGUCCGUUAUGCAAAGAUUCUACGAUGUAUUGACGGACAUUCAGUACGGUCGAAGCGAUCUGAUGCCUGGAUGGACUCGAAUCGUUGCC